CAAUCCUCUCUCCUCGACCGCUGCCUUAUCCAAAAUACCAAGGCCAACCCUCCUUUCUUGCUCACUCGAUCGUCGAUCUCAGCCAUCCCCAGCAGGAAAAUCUGAAGAGAGAGCCAAGACCAGCCAUGUCCUCAUCCUUCUACGUCGCCCCAAGCCAGCAGCGCACUCUGCGCGCCUGCAUGGUCUGCUCCCUCGUCCAACUACACAGCAAAUUCAUGCGCGAAGGCUGCCCAAACUGCGAUAACGUUCUCGGCCUCCGCGGCAACAACGACGCCAUCCAGGAAUGCACCUCGCAGGUCUUCGAGGGCCUGAUUACCCUGCGCGAUCCGACGACGAGCUGGGUUGCCCGCUGGCAGCGGUUGGAGGGAUAUGUGGCGGGGACAUAUGCUGUUAAAGUGACGGGAUCGUUGCCAGACGAUGUCAUUACGAAUUUGGAGGAUUCGGGGGUCAAGUAUAUCCCGAGGGACGGUAGUGCGUUGGAGGAGGAGGCAUAAGAUAUUCGAUUUAAUGGUCCUCGGAGGAAGUACAUUUUGCUUGGAUCUAGGGGUGUCUACAGGUGGACGAAUUCUUCGUCAAAGCAUGAGCUUGGAGUUUCGGUGUUAUACAUACGGCAUCGGGUUAGUAAAUGGGCUUGCGCUGGAGUUUGCUCCUUUUUCUUUCUUAGAUCUCCAGAUGAUUUUCAGGCCAAUGAUGUUUCUACAGCGCUCCUUUUUAAAUCGCCGAUACCCUGUCUCUACGCUUGGAGAAUAUCCAUUGAGAGUGAUCAUAUUUGAGUACCACUUUUAGAAC